AUGGCCACGCAGCGUCUUCAGCAGGUGCCUCAGCAUGUCACCGCGCUCCUUUCCCACCUCACCUCCCGUCCCGGAGUGCAAUCCACCCUGAUCCUUUCCCGUAAAGACGGGUCCAUCAUCCAAAGCACCGGUGAACUUGCCUUCCAAGAGACCAGCCAGUCUCGCCUCGCGCAGCCAGCUACAUCCACCACCGACUCUACCUCUCCCCUGCAGACCACCGACUCGGGUACCACAGAUUCUGCCCCUAAGUCUCCUACGUACCAGCCCUCACAAGCCGAGGCGCUAGCGGCACAUAUCUUUGCCUUUGUCUCGAGCGCAUCCGCCCUAGGGAUGUCGCUAUCCAACCCCGGUUCUCAGACACAAAACAGCGACUCUUCAUCAAGGGCGUUGGACAGCUCCUACGAUACGUACGGCAAUGGAACAGGCACGUCUACCCCUCGAGAGGAGGACCGCGAUUCGCACAGCUAUGAUCGUGAAGAAGAUGGAGAAGUAAAGCUCCUGCGCAUGCGAACCAAGAAACAUGAGAUUGUCGUUGUGCCUGAUCGCAAGUAUCUCCUCUGUGUCGUUCAUGACGCGUCGGGCAACGGCCCCAGCGCAAAUGGGGCUCGGACGAGGUAA